AUGUGCCUGAGGCUGGAGUAUCAUGACUUGAUGAGCCUUUUCGAGUUCCUCGAUAACGGAGACGGUGAGAUAACGCUGUCGGAGUUCAUCGAGGGGGCCGCAAGGCUGCGAGGCAGCGCUAAGGCGCUGGACAUUUGGCGAAUCGAGACCAAGGUGGAGGUCCUCUUUGAAGAGGUGCUGAACGUGCUGUACCGGGUAGCAUCGCCGGAUACAGUGACGGAGAUCAAGGUGAACGCAAUACAGGAUGUCUUCGACAACUCUGUUUUCCGCCACAUCAAGAGCAAUGCCAAGGGCCGUGUCCUCUCACCCAUGCCGGAGGGAGAUGAAGAGGAGGAAGACGCUUUCGGCAAGGUGGAGACCUCCCGGUCCUCGCCGCGGUUGUGA